CAACCCGCCAUUGGUAAGAACAUACACGACCGCAAUGGUAACAGCGAAGAGCCCUGAACCCACUACCUCUGGGUAAUUGGCAGGUGCCCUAACCAACUGUGCUAUACGGCGAGGACAAUGUUGUUACUUUGUUCCUUCACCUUGUGAUUUAAAAAUUUACUUCCGCUACCUAAUGACCAACAGCUUCAUUAGCAUUCUGAUGUCAUUCAUAAAUUCCUAGGACGGAAAUUAUGCAUUUGUCGUUCUAAGUUUAACCAUGACUUCAUGAUUGACGUAUGCAUAAAACUGUAUGAUAUGUAUAUAUAACAUUUUUCUGUAAACCAGUUUAUAAAUGGUAAAGCAAGGAUACGCAGCAGUCAGACAUUAGGUUGAAUACUCAGUAUAGGCGAUGCGCAAAAUUGCAGUUUUAAUUAAUGAUAUAUAUUUGUAGUGAAUACGGGAUAUUUUGUUUUUUUUGCAGGAGUGAAUUAUGAAAAAUAUUAUGUUGCAACUGACUUCGCCACCAUCGCGAGUGGUGCGGAAUAAAUCAGAAGAUUUUCCUUUUGCAGUGCCCAACUUAAUUCCAUAUCGGGAAAUGUCCUCAAUUAUACAAACUUCUUUUGUUUCGAACAUCACUGUACAUACAGACAGCCUAUGCGGAUUCCCGAGUUUUUGUUCGUAUUCAGCUUACAAUGUAUGUUCCAACACAACUUUGGUGGAAUGCGAUGAAUGCAGCAUGAUCGGGGCUGGUUUCUUCAUAUUUGCUUGUGUUGUUCUCGGUGCGAUGAUUUUGAUAGGAAACUCGCUCGUGUUCUGGCACAACGCCAGGAAAUCGAAUAAAGACAAAUCUAACAUCAUGAAAGCUUCGUUGGCAAUUGCAGAUUUGUUCACAGGUGACUCCCAUUGUCUGCAGUCUGCAGAUUACCCGAACCUUAAUAAAAAGCCCGAACGCUACAGCUUCCGUUACUCUAAUUUUCUUUUCACAAUAACAUACGUAUUUUCACAUACUAUGUGUCAUGGCCUAUUUGGUAAAAUCAGCACUAGUGUAGCACUGUAAAGUAAACUUAAAACUCGUUCCUAUCUCUUGGCAUUUCCGUUCCAGGAAUCCAAAUUUUCGGCGUCGUACUUUACAACGUCAGCUGGACGAUAAACUCAACAUCGCAAGAACUGGACAUGAAACAGCUUUUGUAUCAAGAUUCCCCUCAAGCAAUUAUUGGCGGAAUGUUUUUCUUGACGAGCAUCAUGUCAUCGCUCUUUCAUUUAUUAUACUUCAGCGGGCAGCGACUUUUCGCUGUGACGUACCCAAUGAGAUACAAAAUACAGAGUAACGCUCACGUAGCGUUUGGACUCGUCCUAACUUGGAUAUUGGCUGGGAUUUCUGCCACUGUGCCAGCAUGGUUUCCUGAUACGUACACCUACACGUAUCACCACGUAACAAAUAUCUUCUAUCCAUCGUUCCGGAACUACAGCAGUACCAACAACAGCUCAUCGGGUGCAGCACUCGCACUAGUUUUCGUUUUCACUGUUUUGCCGUACUGUCUCAUGGUUGUUUUAACGGUCACUUCAGCAGUGUACAGUCGACGGGCUUUUAUGCGCUCUGCUUAUUUGGCAAUGAGCACGGACAAGGAUUUAUUAAAAAAGAAAGAAGCAAAAUUAAUAAAAACAGUUGCUAUAAUGCAGAUUGGGUUCACCGUCACAAUAGUUCCAACAGUCGUUGUAGUCAUUCUGUUUUAUGCGAAUGUCAUUUCAUGUAAAACGGUAUCAACACCAAGCGUCGUUGGAUUUUACAUCUACUGGGCAAACAGCCUCGUCAACGUGUUAGUGUACAGUGGACAAGAUUCGAAAUUUCGUGCUUGGUUGAAAAAGCUUGUAUCGUGCAAACCGAAUCAUAGAAAGAUAAAGUUGCAUACUCAAUCUCUCAAACCACGAAACCAAGCUUCGUCGAAGCCAACGGCUGAAAUCGACAGCGGAAUUCAAGCUUCUAAAACUGAAUCGUGUUUAUAG